AUGAGGUGUGACGCGCAACGCGGCGACAUUGAGGUGGGCCCGCUCGCCGUGCCCGUGGAGGACGCGGGCCUCGACGACAACGGUCUCCCGAUUCUACGCGUCCAACGCGAGGUUUCGCGCCAACGCGAGGCCGCCGCCGCUGCGGUGCUGAAGGCAGAGUUAUCGGCCUUGCCGGGUGACGACGCGCGACGCGAGUCGUUCAUGAGCGCGCAAGCGUGCAAGGCGGCUCGCUCGUUCUGGCAGGCGAUCAGGGUAGAAAUCAAAAUAUUAUAGGAGUAAACCUCGGAUAUUUAUGCCGCGUCAGACUGAAGUUCAACGUAAAGUUGAAGUAGAGGGAGGGGGGUUAAAUCAGCAAAACCCGUCACCUAGGUCCAAAACAAGACCUAAACGGGCGAAAUUCGGUGUAAUAAUGAUCCCACAGGCCUCGAACUGUGCCUAGGGUGGUCUGUGGGGGGCUCAGGAGGCGGAUGUUGAGCAUCGCGUGUUACCCUAGUUACGCGCCAGAGGGGGGGUAACGCGCGCGCGCGGAAUUUUUAGGAGGUGUCUGCCGGCCGAAAUGAUAGUUAGUUAAUUAAUAAUAUUCCUAUGGGUGCACCCAGCCCUAUGUUUGAUUUCCACCCUGCAGGCGAUUCCGCAUAGCGUGUUGCGCCUGAAGAACCGCUUCUGGGCGGAGGUCGUCUCGAAUUCGUUCGGCCUGGCGUCGCCGGCCAUGGCGCCGUGGGUCGGUACGCUCAUCGGCGACACCGGCCUACGCGUCGACCCGCGCGGCGACAUCUUCUUCACCUCGACGCGGCUCUGUAACAAGUAUGGGGCGCGGACGAUCUGGUCGUCGGCGAUGGAGCUGGAGCUGCGCGACACGCUCCGGGAGGCGGAUGUGCCCGUCAUACAUCAGGUCCACGGCGCCUUCGAGGACCUCAUCCGCGGCGCGGCGCGAGGGCGAUAUUUUCGUGAAAAGUCGAAGAGGACGCGCGACGGCAUCGUCCCGGACCUACGCGCUCCCUUCGCUGCGGGGGAGCAGAGGAUGGGCACCCUUCUCAGGACUCUUCCACGGCCUCUCCGAGUAGGCCGGGACCAACACCCACUCCCUCGGGGACCCCGCGACCCCGGCUAGUGGGGCGUUAUCUCCGCCAAAGUAACUUGCCAUAAUAGACUAAAAGCGCCACAUUAAACUGACCCGCGCCGAGCAUCGUGGGGUCUCGAGCAAUGUAGUAGCCGCUCAGGCCGGUUAUCUGGCCCGUCCCACAAAAAAGGCGCCUGAAACGCAAAUUUAUUUUAUAAACCACCGGUCUGGGGCCAAUCCAGUGCCCCGCGUACGCACCGUCGUCCGCGGAGAACGGGCAAGUCGGUCGAUUGUGAAUAGAACAACGGCGUUAUGGUCCAUCUGGAUGGUGUCGUCGCUGAUACUCGCGGGUUCAGGUCUUGAGCCCACCUUCACAUAAAUGUGGGGUCGCGAAAUCGCCUCACCGCGAGGCUCUAACGGAAUAUCUAAAAUAGCUCAGUGCGGGCUGAUUUGGCCUAGAUGGACUCUACCACUAACAAACGAAAGGAAACGAACAUAAACUCGGGAGUUGUCUAGUAGAAUUCUUCUCCCGCCCUCCGAGCGCGCGCCGUCGGCUCCGGUUCCGUCGAGUGUGUAUGAAAACUGGGCUGGAGUUGAUAUGAUGUCCCAUUUGGACGGUAGAUGGCGCCGUCAAUCGCUGGUGUAUUUUGGCGAGCCGCAAGACCUAGUGAUCUAGCGUAUCGACACACUAGGAACCCGCGGGUUUUCAGAACCAAGUAUGUAUCUACCUAUCGGACGAGCCGUGAGGCGAACCGCGGUCGCACUUUUCUAUCGGAUGGGGCGCCGAGCGUCCGAUGCUGCUGAGCAUCCCAGUAAGCCUCAGCUGAUAUCUCCAGCCAAAAAAAAAGCUGGGGCAGCCAAUCUCGUGCCCCAACAAUCUCAAUCUCACAGAUAGGCCGGGUUCGAGGUCAAAAAGCCCAACCCACGGCCUGGGGUCGCGGUGUCUGACAUCUAUAUCUAUGGACCAGCCGGGGCUCGAGGCCCAGCCGGCCCAGCCGGCGCCGCCGCCGUGGGCAUCGGGCGCGCCGUUCGUGCCGUACGCGCCGCCCGGCGCCGCGCCCGUGGUCCAGGUGCCUAUGCAGCAAUACCCGCCGGGCGCUCCGUUACAAUUCCCACUUGGGCUCGAGGGUGGCCUCCCUCUGGCCGGCGGCGGCCUCUUGGCCCGUCGCCGUGCUGCUGACGCACAGCGCCGCGCCGCCGAAGGCGGUGCCGGAGGGCGGCCUGUUCCUGAGGACGAGGUCGCGCUCGCCGCGCGCGAGGGCAGGAUCGAGGUGGUCAGGGAGUGGCUCGCGGCGGGCGGCUCGCCCCACGCGAUCAAACUGAACGGAGAGGCCGCGGGCACGACGCUCCUCGCGAACGCCUGCAUGACGUGUCGGCCGGCGUGCGCGCCCGUCGCCGAGCUCCUCUGCGCGGCGGGCGCCCGCGUCGAGGAGGGGGCCGGUGGCGCGCUGGGCUACGCGGUCGGGGUCGGAGCGGUGGACACCGUCCGCGUCCUGCUGCGCUACGGGGCCUCCGCGGGUCGUCCGCUCGGGAGCGGGGACACGGCGCUCCAUCGCGCCGUGCUGACGAACGACUGGAGUCGAAUGACGGAUCAUUGGUCGAUCGCCAACGCCCAAGUCGCCACCUCGAUGGGUCACCAGGGCAUCGUUCGUCUGCUUGUGAAGCACGGGGCCGCGGUGAACGCCAGGUCGACCCCGGGCGGCGUGACGCCUCUCCUGAUGGCCGCAGCAAUGGCUGGGUACGUUUCGCUCGGCGUCGUCCGCGAGCUUCUGGCUGCUGGUGCGGACCUUGAUUUGGUGGACAGCGUUGGCGACAAUGCAGAGGCGAUUGUAAAUUAUCAACUGGACAACGAUAUCUCCGACGGCGGCAUCCCGGCGAUGCCGGAAUUUUGCCGGCGGACCGGCGCGGUCGAGGCGUUCCAGGCGCUGCUCGCCGAAGUGCGCGCGGCGGGCUCCUGGAAGCGCUACGUAGCCGCCCCCCGCAAACAACUUAUUGUCCUCCGGUGUCUCUGCGCCGCGGGCCGCGCGUCGCCGCCGCCGGUCCUCGCGCGCCUCUUUCCCGUUCCCGAGUCGACGGAGGCGCCGCCGCUCCCGAAGGAGCUGGCCUGGAAGAUCCUCCAAUUCUGGCGCACGGACCGCGACCCCCCUCCUUGCUAA